GAGGAGAGAGGAGGAGAGGAGAAGAGAAGAACUGAAUCAAAGACUGAAAACAUCCCUCCAACGAGCUGAAGAGCAGCAUGAGAAACUGAGCAGCAACAUUUCAGAAGAGUACGAGUCUAAGCGAGAUGUUCUCAUAAAACAUCUGAAUGAGUUUGAGACUAACGCUGAAUCAGGCAGCGACUGUGAUGAACUUCUAGAAAUCCUCUCUUUGAAAUGCAGCGUCCCGCUUCUUAACCUCAGCCUGACUGAGCUGACAGCUGACCAGCUGGGGACCAUCGUGUCAGUCCUGGACAAACUCCUGUUUGAUGAAUGGAUGGGAGCUCCUCCAUCCCUCAGCACUCUGCAGCACACUCAGGUGUUCAUCACAGAGCUGUGUGUCCUGUCUCCAGAGAGACACGACGGAGCUUCCCUGCAAAACAUCUCCAAUCGUGUGCAGUCCCUGGUGGAAUCCAUCAGCCAAUCAGCAUGUCAUGUUACUGAGAGUUUCCUGCUGACUCAAGCCUUGUAUCUGAGCCUGAUGCACUUCUUCACUGACUGUGGCGGCUCUGAUACUGACGCAGUCCUCAUAGCCAAACAGUGGGCUGAAGACAAGCUUUCCACUGAGCAGCUCUUCCUCCUAGAGUUCCUGGGCACCCUCACAUCAUCACUGCAGAGUGCAGUGGAAGGAGCCUCUGUGUUCAUCUUAAACAUGGAGGUCCAGUGCCUGAAGCUUCUCUUAUCCACACUCACACAUCUAAAUGGCAAUGAAGCCCACUCAGAGUCCAGUGAAAUGCUCCUCAGACUCGUGCAAACAAACCAGUGGACCCCAGUGGAGGCUCUGACUCUGCUCAAAGCUCUGUCACAGAAAUCUGCAGAGGACGCUUCAGUAAGCGAAGUCCUUAAGUUGGUACAUCUGUAUGACCUGUCGCCAGAGUGGACAGAUGAAUCCAAACUGCCUCUCAUCCAGGCUCUUGACUCUGCUGGCCCUGACAGAUUCCAUCAAGAUUUCCAAAAGACUCUCAGGAGGAAAGAUGAGAGCGGUCUAGUUGCAGCUCUUGCUGAAAUCAAAAUGUUUUGGAAUUUGGAUGAUUCUGUGACUGAUAUGAUGAAAGAUGUUGUCACUGCUGUCCUGCAGUAUUCAGAAAAUGCCCCAAAAAGUGCACCAUUCAUGAAAGAUUCCUUUAAAUGUGUGACCUCGAAUGCAGACAACAUGCAGAUCCUUCUGUCUCAGCUCUGCAAAGCAGUUUUUGACGCUAAAGGCUGGUGGCCCACAGUGAAGCAGAUGCUGCGGUGGUGUGUGUUGGUGCUGACGGAGAGCAGUGGAGAGCUACAGCUGGUCGGUGUGGAGGAAGACCCGUGUGUCAUUGCCAUGUUUGCCGCCACACAGGUCUGCAUGGGCAACAAAGUGGACGUCGUGCUGAGCUCUGACGAUAACUCGGAAGAGCAAAUGAAGGAGUGGUCUGACUUCUACGGGCACCUCGGAAUUUCUCUCAACACAAACAUGAAGAAAACUAAUCCAUCAUGCAAGGACGUCUAUGAAGCAGAUGUUGUGUGUGGUACCAUGGAUGGCUUUGUGUCUGAUUACUUAAAACAAGGCAUGGAGGUGAUGCAAACAGGGAACCCUCAGCUUAGACGUGGAUUCAUCAUUGACGAACAAACCCUCAGUGCUUCACAUGAUCUGGAACUUUCAAGGCUCAGGGACAACGACUCCCUGCUGUUUGCUGCAGACAUCCUGCAAAGCCUCAUGGGUAAAUUUAACAGUGAAGACAUGGAACUGAAACGAAGGUUUAUUAAAGCUCUCUUUCGGGUGCUCCACACCAACCUAAGCAACAACACAAACACUGACACUAAAGUCAUCACCAUGUCAAAGAAACUUUCUGGGAAGCCUUUGUCUUCUCAUGAGGCUUUUGUUCUGACCUUCCUUAAGAAACUUCUUAGAGUGGUUACUGAAGAAACAGAAAGUGAGAAAAACAGGACACCUCCUGCUGGCAGAUGGUGUCUGGAGAUCUUAUUUGCCUGUGUGGAGCGAUUUCAUGCCUCAAAAGAACAAACCAAAGAACUUCUCCAGAAGGUUUCAAAUCUUGAAGCUCAAAGACUUUGGUCACCAGCAGAGGCCUCAACACUCCUGACAGAAUUGACUGACCACCAUCACGAUGAAGACUGUAUUUCCAUCAUGAAGAUUUUACAUAUGAUGGAAACAUAUCAGGUGUCUUCCAAGUGGACAGAUGAAAGCAACCGAUCAAUCCAUCAGCUUUUAGAUUCAUUUAAAACCAAGAAUCUGAUCAAACAUUUAGAAAGGAGCCUCAGAGAUGAGAAAGUAAAAAGCAUUGACACUCUUUUUGAUGAGAUACGGCAGAUGAAAGACAUUGAUGAACAAACACUGAGUAAGUCAUACAGCACAGUAACUCACGUAACUAACCUGAUCAAAUCCGGUGAAAUCAAAAAGCACACAGAUGUAAAGAGAGCAAAGGAACUCAGUCACAGCACGAACACAGAAGACCUUCAGGAGCUGCUGGCAGUCUUGUGCAAUGCUGUUCACCUGCGCAAGGCUGAAAGGAAGUGGUGGCCCAGAGCCAAUCAAAUGAUAAGCUGGUGCCUGAUGGCCUUGUGUGACACUGGGAAGCUCCUGGAGAUGGGCACUGGAGAAGGGAAGUCUUGUGUCAUAGCAAUGUUUGCAGCACUGCGGGCACUCAGGGGUGAAAAGGUGGAUGUGGUGUCCAGCUCUCCUGUGUUAUGUCAAAGAGAUGCAGAAGAAUGGGCCAACUUCUUCAAGUACUUUGGCAUAACAGCUGACACAAACACAAAUAAAAGUGAAGAUAAAGAUCGAAAAGAGUGCUACCAGAAGGACGUGGUCUACGGGACGAUUGAAACCUUUGCUGCUGAUCACCUUCGCCAGAUAUUUGAGAUGAAGGAUGUGAGGCCUGAUCGCAGCUAUCAGUGCAUCAUAAUCGAUGAGGUGGACUCACUGCUGCUGGAUCAGGGAGUGCAGCUCACUUACCUGUCCAGUCCCAUGGUGUCCAUGCAGCACCUGAACGUGAUUCUGGCCAUGAUCUGGGGCCAUGUCUGCCAGUAUGGCUUCCUGUCUGCAGGAGACCAGACAUUUGUACAUGGUCCUCCUGCUUCAUUCUUCAAAGCCAUCUUUGACUCCAUAGACACAGAGGGAACUGAAAUUAAUGAUCCGCUGGACAUUUUACGCAUCGCUGAAGAAUCCAACACUGUGCCAGAAGGGUUUACGGAGGACAUCUGCCAAAGUGGACAGGAAGAACUUCUCAGGAGACUGAAAACUGUGAGUCAAGAUGCUGUAGUGGAUUUUCUCAGAGAAAUGGAGGACUAUGUCCCCUAUGGCUUUACUGUUUACACUUUAGAUGACAAGGGAUUGGUCUGUCUGAGAAAGCGCAGCUCGUACAGCAGCCAGGACAUCCAAGAGCUUACAUUUCUUGUGUUGGAGGAAGGCUUGUGUUGUACUCUCUAUGAUUCGGUAGAAAUUCUGAUCAAACCCAUUGCAGAAUUAAUCUCAGUGAAGAUUCAGUACACUCCAUGUACAAACGAAGCAAACAAAAUCAGCAUUCCUGGAUUCUUGAAGAAUCUGGUGGAGAAGAAAGUGUCGGUGUGGGUUCAGAAUGCCUUUCUGGCAAAGCAACUAAAGGAGGGACAGGAAUAUGUCAUUGAAAACGACAACGUUUGUCCAGUGGAUUUCAGAUCCACUGGGAUUGUAGAGCUGAAUAAGAAAUGGGGUGAUGGUCUGCAGCAGUUUGUUGAGAUAAAACACCAGAUCAAACUGAGCACAAUUUCAACAGUGACAAACUACGUCUCUAACAUCUCCUUCUUUGAAAAGUACCAGGGGAAAAUCUAUGGAACAACAGGAACACUUGGAGACAACACAGACAUUCUGUUUUUGCAGAAGUUAUAUCCAAGUUUGUCUGCUUGCAAAAUGCCAACUUUCAACAGGAGGAAAUUAUUUGAGGUCCAAGGUGCUCUGAAGGCCUCAGCUGAAGAGUGGAAAUCUGAAAUAAAACAUGCUGUCAUGGCUCAGAUUUCCCCAAAUUCAUACAGAGAUGGAAGAGCAGCCCUGGUGAUCUGUGAAUCCAUCAACAAAGCCACAGAGAUCUACAACGAGCUGAAAGAGAGCAUUCCAGGUGAAAUCAUUCUCUACUGCCGCAGCGACGCUGACAGUCUGAGCAAAAUAGAGAAAGAGCUGCUUCCUGGAGAUGUCAUUGUUGCCACAAACCUUGCUGGGCGUGGCACAGACAUACAGGUGUCCCACCAGGUGAACAACAGUGGAGGAUUAUUUGUGAUCCUUUCCUUCCUUUCUGACAACACAAGAGUGGAACUCCAGGCGUUUGGUCGAACCGCACGCAAAGGUAAACCGGGAUCUGCUCAGGUAAUCGUGUCCACUGAACACCUGCAGCAGUCGUUCAGGACAGUGUCUUCUCUGGAAGAAGCUAGGAGCACAAGGGAGAAACUUGCUGUAGAAAAGAUAAAUCACAUGAUGGAUGACGUCACUGAGUUGAAACUUCGGGAAGACUUGUUUUCAGAGUACCUCAAAACUCUUCAAGAUAUUCAGAAGAACACAGAUGAAGAUGAAAAACGAGCUGUUGUUGCCAUCUUGAAUGAGUUCUGGGGCAUAUGGUUGCAAACUAAAUCGGAAGAAAUUGACCAGUUGAAGAGAAAUGAAUUGGAAAAGAGUUUGAAAGCUGAUUUGUUGUUGGCAAAAAGUCAGUGUCAAAGUCAGACUUCGCCGUGUGCCAGCAUUUAUCACUACAUCAAGUUUGGAAAUGUCGCACUGAGCGAAAAAAAAUGGGACAUCAGCAACAGGCUGUUUGAAAAAGCCAUGAAACUGGAUGAAAGUUGGGCAGCCAUAGCUUUUUACAGUCAUGCGUACUGUACUAUGGAGCAGAAGAAUGCAGAUUACCUCACUAAGGCCAAAGAUGAUCUAACAAAGGCUCAGAAUUCUCUGAAGUAUCUCAGUGAGGAAUCUGUUCUCUGUCUGCAGUUUGUAAAAAUGUCUUCUACAAGUUCAGCCAACAGUAGCCCAACCAGCCUGGAAAAACAGCUAACAAACAAGUGCAGCAUGUUGAGUUACUUUGACAAAAACAUAAGUGAGGCCGUCCAAAAGCUGGAUGAAAUAAAAGAAAGAGGGAGGGAUGCAAUAGUCAAAAAGUCACCGAUUUUCUCUCUGGUGUCGAGUGCUGAUGAAGAUGAUCUCCAAGUGGAAGCCUACAACCUCUACUAUAAAGGUCUGAAAUAUGUAUUUUCUGUGGAAGAAAAGCCUCGUUUCCCAUGGGAAGCUCUGCUGGUUUUCUUUCUUGGAGUUGUACAGAUUAUUGGAGGAGCGUUGCUCACUGCAUUUACGUUUGGCACAUUAGCUCAGGUCGGCAUGGGACUCAUCACUGAAGGAAUAUCAGAUUGCAUCUAUGGCAUUGAGUCCAUGGUGACAGGAGAAUUCAGCUGGAAAUCAUGGGCUAUAGAAAAAGCCAUUUCUAUUGGUGUAUCACUCAUUGGGUUUGGAGUUGGAAAGCUGAUUGCAAAGGGCUUCAAAGCUUGUAAGACGUUAAUUAAGGGAUUCGGCAAAGAGCUGAAGUCGAUGCCAAAGUUCCUCUCCAGGCAGGCUAAAGAUGGUUUAAGUGAUGUCGCAAAGACACAAAUGAAGAAUGUAGUGAAACACACUGCUAAAAAGAUGACUGAUGACAUCAUUAUCUAUGGAUUUGGGAAGGUAGAAGAAAAAAUACUGACAGAAAUACUAAAAACCAUCAAAAAUAAGGUGAAAAAUAAAAUUAGUGAUGAAGUGAAAUCCAAGAUGGAACAAAAACCCUUGGCUACAUUGGUAGACUUCAUUAUCCUCUCCCACAUAGAGGAUGAAAAGCAACUUCAUGAGCUCCUGGAGGACAAGAAUAGAAGAACCGAACUGCUGGCCAUCUUCACAAAGUUAAGCAACACUGCAAUACAGCCGUUCUAUGCAAACCUCGGCUGGCAGAACAAGCUUAGCUCAUCCCUCUCCACAGUGAUGGACAGAGCUAAACAAGAGGCCAAAGGAAACGCAUAUGCAAUGCUGACAGCCAUCCAAACUGUCCACAUGGUGGCACUGGUAGCAGAUGCAAUCUCUGCAGUGCUCAACCUCUCCAGCAAGUUUUUCUCUAAAUUUCACGAUCAGCUGAAUAUAUUUAAAGAACAAAUGGGAUUUCCAGAGAAAGUGAAGGCAAGUGAGCUGUCUGAUUCAGGCACUCAGAUGCUGAAAGAAUUCAAGCAGGAAAUAGCUAAUUCCAUCAGUGCUUCAUUGGCUGAUGCUAUGACAGAAGUUUUCCACCAGAAGUUCUCCAGUCACCUUGUUUCAUAUGUUCAAGGCAAAGUAAAUGGUGUCAUUGGCAAUUAUGUAAGAAAAGGCCUAAAAACCGACAGAACAGAGGACCUACUCAGAGCUGCACAGCACAACAGAUACAUCUCAUACAUGCCAGUAGACCUGAAAUCUAGACAUGAACAUGCAGGUGAAUCAGGUCAGCGCUCACAGGCACAUGCUGAAAACAUCAGGGACUCCCAGACUGCUGGCACUAUUCUGGAUAUCAGAGUCCUGGCAGAAGAAACCGGCACUAAGGUUGUCAUCCUAACACCUGACAGCAAUGGCAAACUUACCAAAAUGCAGGAGCUGAGCCCGACCACUAAACCCACCAAUGAAACUGUAACACUGAUCUACAGACCAAAGAGUGCCCAAAACCCUGACGGCCAUUAUGAUGUGCACAUCAAUAACCAGACAGUGAGCAUCGUCAAUGAGGAUAAGAGCUGCCUGUUUCAUGCUUUGGCACGAGGCUUAAAACCAGAGGCCAGCGAAGGGGAGAUCGCUUCAGAAGCAGCUCGCCUCCGAUCUGUGGAGGCCGACGCUGUCCUCAGGCAUCCCGACCAAUGGGAGCCUUUCGUCAAGCGCAAAGAGUGGACUGAAGCAAUCAGAGGAGGGGACUGGUUCAUGGCAGAGGGAGGUGCACGUAAAAAGAUAAAGAACAUAAAGGAAAACAGAGAGACGCUUGAGAAAGAAGUUGGAAAAAUAGUAUUUUACAGAGAAUGGAGAAAAUAUAGAAACCAAAACCCAGGAAUUGGACAAUUCAUCAACGCAGACCAUCAGCCAGCUCUGUUCAGCAUAUUGAAAGGUACAAAAAACAACCAGAAUAGCACACUAGGAAAAGCCAUGCUUAAAGUGGCAACAAAAUCAUCUACUCUGGAUGAUGUGCACAACCAUCACGGCCUUGACCUUCCAACUGUUUAUGUGCCUAAAGAAGUACAUCGUGAGUUUCUCAGUACGAAAUCCAAAGACUUCAGAAUACGUGUAGCUAAAGCCAUAAGGGACAAUGACGUUGAGGCCACCUUCAAACUGAUGAUCCUUGGUUCAAUACCCAGAUUUAAGUUCAAUAACAACAUGAACUUCAAGAACUUUCAGAACAGCGACAUUAGUAAAACCAGGCUGGAAGUUUUUGAAAAUAGUUUUCCAAAGCACAGUAAAGAGAUGGUAAAGAAGUGGCACAGCCUGCUUCAAGACCAGGGAGUCAUGACUGACAGCAAACUUAACAACAUUCUUGAAUGGAUCAACAAGGAAGGCUACAAAGAUCAAAACGAUCCAUACUGGAGGGAAGUUGAGGAUCUAAUAACAAGAAAAAGGAAAAGUGAGACAUGACUGGUGAACGAGCACCACGAAGUCGACAGAGGAAUCACCCACCUGCCUGAUCAUCACGAAGAGAGCUGUGUGGAUCAUGACGACUGCUUUUCCUUUGGGUUUCAUUCAAAAUAACUUUACUUUACUACAGAGCUUUCCAGGGACAAUCCUGACUGCUAAUCACAUUUCAGAUCAAAAUGGAAAGACGGGAAUUUUAAAGAUUACUUUUGCUGUUUUUAAUGUUUGCUGAGGAUGUAUUUUUAUAUUUUGUAAUGAAGUGUUUUUAACAUUUGUUUCCCUGCAGAGCAUCAGUGCUCCACGCUGCUCUUGAUGGAAGAUUGUUUCGCUGUUGCCUUAUUUUGGGGUUUUCAGUUUGUCAGCUGGGAAAUCACUGGUGAGGAAGUUAAGGUGGAUGAAAAUCAACUGUAAAGCUAAACUUGUAUAAUGAAGAUGAUCUGCCUGUUAUCUCACUGCAGCGGGUGCAACACAUGUUUGUAUUCUAUUCAACCAGCAACUGAUCUGUAAGACAAAAUAAUGAAAUUGCAUUGGAGAUUAAUAAUCACUGCAACAUGCUAACCACAUAUUCUUCAAUGCAAAAUUGAUUUAGAGAUUAUGGGAUGUUUUUAAUUUACAUUAAGGGGGACUGUUCAGAUGAAAUGUCUCACUCAAACGCACUUUUGUGGAUUCAAAAGUUCUUAAUAUUGGCCACCUGAUGGUGCCAAAGUCAUCAACGAAUAAAUGUUUCUCUUACUCAUUCAUUCACUGUUGUUUUUCAUUUUAAUGUUUGGUUUUGUUCUGUUUUCACUCUUUUUUGUUUGUUUGUUGUGUACACAUCUCGUUUAUUUACAGGUGCUAACCAAACCUACAUACUAGGCAAGACAUCCGUUUAUUAGUCCCACAGUGGGGAAGUUCAGAUAUCAUAAAACUUUCAUCUUCACGUCCUUCUCUGGGUCUUUGUUGUUUGAACUGGUGACAUAACUGGGACUGGCUUCAGCCUGUUGAAGUCCAGCUGCUGGUGUUGUGAUCAUCGCUCCUGCCAACAGGAAAC